AGCCGUCAUGAUUCGCUUUAUCCUGAUUCAGAACCGGGCUGGCAAAACCCGCCUGGCCAAGUGGUACAUGCAGUUUGAUGAUGACGAGAAGCAAAAGCUGAUCGAGGAGGUGCAUGCGGUGGUCACCGUCCGAGAUGCGAAGCACACUAAUUUUGUGGAGUUCCGCAACUUCAAGAUCAUCUACCGGCGUUACGCUGGGCUCUAUUUCUGCAUCUGCGUGGACGUGAACGACAACAACUUAGCUUACCUCGAGGCCAUUCACAACUUUGUGGAGGUUCUGAACGAGUAUUUUCACAACGUCUGCGAGCUUGACCUGGUCUUCAACUUCUACAAGGUCUACACGGUGGUGGACGAGAUGUUCCUCGCUGGAGAAAUUCGGGAAACCAGUCAGACGAAGGUGCUGAAGCAGCUCCUGAUGCUGCAGUCGUUGGAAUGAUCUGCGGGGGGGUG